UGAAUAACAAUGGCGUUUGCUCUUAAAUAUUUUGUUGUUUUUCUUCUUCUCUCUAUGGUCUCUCAAGGUAGUUUAAUCGAAUCUUUAACGUUUUGUAUAUAACCUAAAGUUUCAUGCCUUUCUUUUUGGUGCAUCUAUAUAAAAUCUCAAUUGGCAAUCAUCAUUUUGGAGUGUAUUUAAUUUCAGUUUUCUAUUAAAUUCGGUUUGAUUUUUCGAUUAUUUAUGAAAGGUAUAAUCUGAAUGAAUCUCUUAUAUGUAAUACAUUUUUCGCUUUCUUUAUUAAAAACCCAUUACAAAAUGCAUCCAUGAUUCAAUUACUGUUCGUUUACUAAUAAAAAAGAGCAUGAAACAAUUAGUAACCCACAGGAAUGUGCCGCUGCACUUUCGGCGACAUCCAGAUCGGGACGGUAAGGACCGGGAAAGAAAUCUCCGGACAACCGGAGUGGAAAGUGACGGUAACCAACACGUGCAAGUGUCUGCAGAAGCACGUGACUCUGUCUUGCGGAGGGUUUGCUCCUGUGAAGCCUGUCGAGCCAUGGCUACUGCUCCCACAGGGAAACAGGUGUCUUCUGAUCAAAGGAGAGGCUUUGCCAGCUGGCGCCUCUGCAGAGUUCAGUUACGCCGGCGAGCCUUACAUCUUCAGACUCAUCGGUUCGACCGUCGAUCCAAGCUGCAAUAAAUCGCUGUUAUAAUUAAGCUUCUAAAUACAUUCUUUUAUCCCAAAAAACAGAAACGUAAAAAUCAGAUUUUUCUUGUAUCUCAAGUAAACAGAGGUUUUCUUAUUGUCCAAGAAACUAGGUAAUGAUUCCUUGAGUGAAACUUGAGUUACAGACAUAAAUGUUUUAAGAUUAAGCUAAGAAAGGACAAAAGUAAAUUUUCUU